AUGUGGCCAUUGAUCACUGGGCCUUCUGUUCGGUGUUUACGAACCGCAUUUCGAGCUCGAUUCGUGUUGCUUGCCAGGCCGCUGUCCAUCUCGAGGUUCGAUGUAAGAGAUCCUCAAACAAGAGAGUAUCUCAAGACUCUCAAGACGCUGCUGGCUAUGAAUGACAUGUCGCCGUUUGGCAAAAUAUCGGGGGCUAACAUCCAGCGGUUAAGGGCAACUGGGGAGUUGUAUGAAACCAUCGAGAAGAUAUCCGAGGAAAUGAUGAGUCUCGAGCAGCUAAGAAAAGCCGUAUCUGUUAACAUGACUGUAGAAAUGCUCGAGACUAAGGAACAGGAUAUGGUGGAUAUCGCAACAAAGGACAUUGCUAAAUGUCACGAGAAAAUUACGCAGAUCUCAGCUGAGAUCUAUACAAACCUCGUUCCUAUUGAACUAGUCGAUACUCAGGAGGUUCUCCUUGAGCUUAACGCCGGUGUGGGCGGUCAGGAAGCCAUGCUGUUUAAUCAAGACCUUAUGACAAUGUACUUAAAAUUCAGUCAGCUUACUAUGGGUUGGAAUGUGGAAGUUACAGAAGCAAGUCUAUCUGAAACAGGUAAACGCUUUCUCUUAUGA